GGAACUGCCUGCAACUGUGCCAAUAUGGCUGCUGUUGUGUCAGAAUGCUGCAAGGAAAACAACGCGGUCGCGACUGCUUCGAUUUCGCGCGCGUAAUACACGCGGGAACUUCGUCGAUUGUUUCGAGACGCAUAAGUUUGAUUCGCUUUCGCCGGUGAUCGAGUUUACAAGCGCAAAGUGGCAGAGAAAAUCGCACAGAUAAUAGUAGUGCGUAAAAGAUGCAUUUCCUCAUGUAAGACCAUUGUGCAUAUUUUUGCCCACCACAAAUAUUUUCUUGCGUCGAGAAGAAAUUGGAAAACGCAGUUCACCCCGAAAUGCACCCGCGAUGACUGACUGUGAGAAACCCUUCGCCUGCUCCACAUCAGGCUGCAGCAUGAACUAUAAUAGUUACAACACAGACACACAUACACACACGCGCAUGGAAUACAGAAUGAAGUACAGAAAAGGCACGAACAAGACAGGCCAUCCUAUAAUUACAGAGCUUCACGAAUGAGGACCAAUUGAGCGUGCACAAGAAAAAGCACGACAUGAUGCUGAAUCUGAACAAUAACUCGAAGAACACUGGCUUUGUCGCGGACCAAACUCCAACGCCCACGAGGUUCAUCAGGAACUGCGAGGAGGUCGGUCUAUUCCAAGACCUGCAGGUGAACCCAUUCGAGGAGACGUUCCGCAGGGCGGUCGAGGAAGGCAACACCGGCACGCUGACUGUCCCAGAGGCUGGAAUCACGGAUGAUACUCUGCACACCCCGCACAUCUUCCCCUACAUACCGGGCGUGCUGUCCACGAGCAAUCAGAUUCUCGAGGACAAUGUGGAGGAAUGUCCCCCGAGCGUGUCUCUCACCGAGAAGAGCACGGAGGACGACGGGGCCAGCGUCAUCGAGCCCGAGGUGUGCGGCGCUAUGAAGCUGAGCGUGAGCGACACGCCGGAAUUGAUGAAGGACGUCCCGACGACGUCCGGGAAGAACGACGCUCUCUCACCGGACAUGAUCGUCGCCGCCACGAACGCGCCCAUCGCGCCCAAACUGUUGCCAAGGUCACCCACGCCGCAUCUGUCCAUCAACGGCGAGGAGGUGCAGCUGCUGUUGAAAACCGCGGACGGCAAAUUGAUGCAGCUGUCGGCGACACCAGUCGAAGUCAUCAACAGCGUGUCAACCCACGUCGGCAGCAAGCAGCAGCAGCAGCAGCAGCAGCAACAACAGACCGUCGUCAUCAGAACCGAACCAGCUCUGCGAUGCGCCUCGCGGUCUGAGCCGAAGAAACCCGUGGUCUCGAGGAUGUCCUUAGCAAAAAUGAAGCUGAAGCAAGCUUUAUCUAAAAACGCGGCUCUGCAGACGCCGCGGCCGGCCGAGGGCUGUGCGAAGAGCAUCGCCGAGCACACGACGACCGCUGGCGCGAAGGACAGCGCGAAGAAAACGGCGGACCAGCUGAAGAAGAAGGACAUCCUCGAGCGCAACCGCGCCAGCUCGAUGCGUGCGAGAGCCAGGAGGAAGGCAUGGAUCCAGCAGCUCGAGAGGAACGUGACGAACGUGAACGAGGCGAACGCGGCCCUGCAGAUGGAGGUGAAGGCGUUGCGCGCCGAGGUGGCGAAGCUGAAGACCCUCUUGCUGGCUCACAGAGACUGCCCCGUCACGAAAGCGAUGCAGAAAGGAAACGGAAUAGUUCUCGGGCCGAAAAUAAUAUCGAUGAAUCCGGAGAUACUGACGGUGCCGGUCGCGGCGAACGUCGCGAAGCGCCUGGCGCCCUACGCAUGCCCGGAGAGCGCGGGCUUGCCGAAGAAGCCCAGCUUGUCGAUCACGAAGAACCCGGUGAUCUUCCCGAAGGUGGACUGCGGCGGCGCGAACCUCGCGAUCCCGAACGCGACGAUCAUAAAGGGCCUGCCGACGCUGAAGAUCGUCGGGGUCAAUCAGUUCCUGCCGGAGAAGGAGGACGCGCCGAAGCAGCAGCAGAUACUGAUCGUGCAGAACCAACCGCGGAAAUUGUGCGAGGCGGCCGCCCGGCAGAUCAUCCAGAUCAACCCGAAUUACGAGGUCGAGCACGCGGCUUCCAAGAGCACGGGAACGUAGCGGAUCGUUUUCGGACCGGCUGCAAUAAUUAACGUCCAAGCUCGCGCGAGUCAGCACAACUUGUCGCGGUAGAGUCGCGCGCACAAGUCACGUGUCUCUUCGCGGCCAGCGACGGUCACGCUCUCGCGGAGAGCGAGAGAGUCUCGUGUCCCUCUCUUCCGAAAUAAAUCAGCUGGCUGACCGGCUUCUCUUCUACCGUGUCGGACCCGAGUCAUCGUGCGAUGCCUCCCUAAGACCGAGCGGACGGGAGUAACAAGUGACUUGGGAAGGUUACCAUGUGUUUCUGGAGUCAUUUAUUCUGUGCAAUAUUAUACAUAAGUUUCUCGUGGGAUUUCAGCGGGAACUGCGAUUCGCUUUAUUCUUCUCGACGUAAACCCUCUUGUACAAGUCGAUAUCCCUCGCUGUGCGAACAUUCCGUUAUGCUUACAUAACAAUGACAAUAUAACAAUA